AUGUUGGCUCCUAGUCUUUCUCUUGCGGCCCUCGUGCUGGGCGCAGCGGCCAGUAGCCACCAAUCGUCUCCCCAAUAUGACUUUGUGAUUGUUGGUGGUGGCACCAGUGGAUUGGUUGUGGCCAACAGACUUUCUGAAAUGAAGAAUGUCACUGUUGCUGUCAUCGAAGCCGGAGAUUCAGUACUCAACAAUGCCAAUGUGACCAAUGUCAUGGGAUACAGUCUGGCCUUUGGCACCGAAAUUGACUGGGCCUAUGAGACUGCCAACCAGACAUAUGCCGGCGGACUGAAGCAGACAAUCCGUGCCGGAAAAGCCAUCGGUGGUACCAGCACAAUCAACGGAAUGUCCUAUACCCGAGCCGAAGACGCACAAAUUGAUAACUGGGGCAAUAUUGGAAAUCAGGGAUGGAGCUGGAAGGACCUUCUGCCUUACUACAAGAAGUCCGAAGACUUCCAGGUUCCCACCAAGGACCAAGCUGCUCAUGGAGCUAGCUACACUGCCAAGGUUCACGGCCGCAACGGCCUUCUCAAGGUUGGCUGGCCUACAUCAAUGACCAACAGCAGCGUAUUCUCCGUUCUUAACGAGACAAUGAGCGAGCUUGGCGUGAAAUACAACCCUGAUGCGAAUAGCGGCAAGAUGAUUGGUUUCACCUCUCACCCUGAUACCCUUGACAGACAGCGCAAUAUCCGCGAGGACGCUGCCAGAGCCUACUACUGGCCCUACGAGAGCCGUGAGAGCCUCAAGAUCAUUUCUAAUACCCGUGCGGACAAGAUUAUCUGGGCAAACACCACUGGUGAUGCUGUUGCUAUUGGUAUCCAAGUCUCUACCCCCUACGGAGUGGAGAGGAUUUAUGCUUCCAAGGAGGUGAUUCUGUCAGCCGGUUCCCUCAAGUCCCCCCAGCUUCUUGAGCUUUCCGGUGUCGGAAACCCAGACAUCCUCAACAAGUAUAACAUCUCCACAAAAGUUGCCCUCCCUGCUGUUGGUGAGAACCUCCAGGAUCAGACCAACAACGCCCUCGCCUGGGAAUCGACUGAUGCUUUGACCGGUCUUGCAACCUUUUCCGCUUUGAUCUCAGUUGACCAGCUUUAUGGAAAGAAUGCGUCGGCCGUGGAGAAACAAAUUGACAAUGCCUUGACUGACUAUGCCAAGGCUCUGUCAAAGAAGUCCAACGGUGCAGUGAAGGAGUCUAACCUUUUGGAGGCUUUGACGAUCCAACGUGAUUUGAUCUUCAAGUCCCUUGUGCCUUACGCCGAAGUUGUAUUCGCUCCCAGCGGCCAAAGCUUUACCUGUGAAUACUGGCCACUCCAGCCGUUCUCUCGAGGAAGCGUGCAUAUUCAAUCCGCAAAUGCCUCCCAGUCCCCCAACAUCGACCCCAACUACUUCAUGUUCGCGCAGGAUAUCGAGGCUCAGUCUGAUGUUGCCCACUUCAUCCGCAGGGCCUUCGGCACAGCUCCUUUGAAGGAUAUUGUUGGAGACGAGCUCUCUCCCGGACAGGAAGUCCUCCCUGCGAAUGCUUCCACUUCUGCAUGGGAUAGCUGGAUCAAGGAACACUACCGUCCUAACUACCACCCCGUUGGUACUGUCAGCAUGCUUCCCAAGAAAAAGGGUGGAGCUGUCAGCUCUGAGCUCAAGGUCUACGGUACUAAGAAUGUCCGUGUCGUUGAUGCUUCGAUCGUGCCGUACCAGAUCUCUGGUCAUUUGACUAGCACUCUUUACGCUAUUGCUGAAAAGGCUUCGGAUAUAAUCAAAGAGAGUUACACUCACUGA